AUGGUGGCGGCGACCGUGCGGCCUGGGCGGCCCAGGAGCAUCAACAUCAACGAUCUGCAUGUUUCUCUUGGCCACACCAACGACGCGAAUGCACGGGAGACCGCGAAGCAGCUGGGGAUUCAGGUGACCGGUACCCGGGGAUACUGCGCUGGCUGCGGUGAGGCGAAGGCGAUUCGACGCAGCGUUCCGAAGGAGACGAAAGCCAAGGCGGGGAGACCGUUUGGGCGUGUCUUCAUCGAUCUGACGGGCCCAUAUCCGCCGUCCACCGGUGGCGCUCGGUACUGCAUGAUGGUGGUGGACGACUACUCCAACGUCGGAUGGACGCUGUUUCUGGCGGACAAGGGCGGUUCCACUCUGUGUGACGCUUUUCGCGCGUGGUACGUUGACACCAAGCAGUUGGCGGGGACUCACGGUGGGUUAGGCGUUGCUCGCUUUGAUAACGGGACCGAGUUUACCAACACCGAAUUCCGGCACUUGCUGUCUGAGCUCGGAGUUGCAGUGGAAUUCACCCCCGUCGAUGGUGCGAAGCGCAACGGGCGCGCGGAGCGGAAGAUCGCGCUUGUCGUUGAAGGGGGCAAGGCGGCGUGGUUGGAGUUCCCACGGCUCUUCCCAGACUUGGAGUUUCCUCGAAAGGCGAUGGCGUGGACGACGAUCUGGCCAAAGGCGCUUGCUUGGAUGAACGACACGCUCAACAUGACCGCGCAAGCUCACACACCCGACAAGCUAUGCCCGUGGGAGAAGCUCUACAAGCGACGUGCCACAACCCUUCCACUGCCGUUCAUGAUGCCCGGCUUCCGUCACCGCAACCGGAAGAACAAGACCGAGUCGAAGGGGGAGCGCUGUUUUUAUCUCAACACCGGCAACAACCACUCGUCUACUACGCACAAGAUCCUCCUCUCCUCAGGGGUCUGCAGCUACUCCGCGGACGUCACUUGGGGCUAUCGUCGGGCGCCUUUCGUUGGGGAGGUACCCACGUGGGGGGGCGGAGCAGUAGUGGAAGCGACGGAACCUUUCGGGGGGCUGGGGGCAGCGACUGGAGCGGCGGGAGCAGCGGUAGCACCUGCAGCUGGAGUGGCGGCCCCCGGCAGCAGUGUCUUCCCCGCAGCGGCGGUGGGGGAGACGGCCGGGGGGCAGGCCCUCGCGGCAGGAGCGGCGGCAUCGGCGGCAGCACCUGCAGCUGGAGCGGCGGCCCCCGGCAGCAGUGGUUUCCCCGCAGCGGCGGUGGGGGAGACGGCAGGGGUGCAGACCCUCGCGGCAGGAGCGGCGGCAUCGGCGGCAGCACCUGCAGCUGGAGCGGCGGCCCUCGGCCGCAGUGUCUUCCCCCCGGCGGCGGUGGGGGAGGCGGCCGGGGCGCAGGCCCUCGCGGCGGGAACGGAGACAUCGACAGCAGCUGGAGCGGCGGGAGCGGUGAUCAUCCCCACGGCGGGUGCUGGCGUAGCGGCGGGGACGGAGAUUCUCUCGGAUGGGGCGGCGGCACCGGUGGUGGGGGCAACGGCAGGUGACCCUCCCAUGACGGCGGCGGUGGAGCUAGAUUGGGCUGACAUAUACCACGCACCACCCGAGCGGAGGAUGACUCACCGGCAGCAGCACGAGGUGACGCCUGCCGUCACGAGGUCGGGGUCUCGCAGAACCGGUAUGCCAGGUGCUUUCGCGCUGCUGGCGGCGGAUGAGCAGAUGACCCGUUCUCUCAGUGGCCCCACAGCUGACAUCGAUGACCCCGCGUUGCCAAAUGGUUUGGUUCCCGACUUGGAGACUCCGGAAACGUACAAGCAAGCCCAUGCCGGACCGCAUGAUGUCAUUUGGCGUGCGGCGGAGCGCAAGGAGAUUGCUGGGCUUUCGGCGGCGGGGACGUUCGAGACGAUGGCGGCGGGGGAGUAGCAACGAGGAAUGAACGUGAUCACGGCCAAGUGGGUUUACGCGUGGAAGGGGAACGAGUAUGGCCGUGCUGUGCGUGCAAAGGCGAGGUUGGUGGCUCGCGGUUUCGGUCAACGUGAAGGUAUUGAUUUCUUUGAAACCUUCUCCCCGUGCCCGUCCGUCACUAGUAUCCGUUUGUUAGCAGCUCUUGCGUGUGAUUUGGGUUUGGACUUGUGUCAUUUCGACGCGGAGCAGGCUUUUGCGUUUGUUCAAUCAGAGUUAGUGG